UGGAAAUGUCGAACACAAGAGGACAAAACUGCACCACCUUUGCCACGAUUAUAUAACUCAGAGCCAGAAGUGGCUCAUUUAGCUUCUUCUAUGGCAAAUUCAAGUACUUCUGCAACACAAGCAGAUUCCCUGGACAUUCCUGAGGACUUUCUUGACCCUCUGACGUGCGAGGUGAUGUCGGUGCCAUUGCUGAUGCCUUCAGGGCAUUCCGUAGAUGCUCACACCCUGGAAAGGUUCAUUGCAAAUGAGUCGAUUUGGGGAAGACCUCCCUCGGACCCAUUCACAGGAGUUCCCUUCAAGCAGGGUCAGCAGCCGACACCCAAUGUUCCACUGAAGGCGCGCAUUGAUAGAUUCCUGCUUCUGCAUGUGAAUCACGAAGAAGUGAAGAAGAUUGGCCGCACUGUGGGCUCAGCUGAUAGAGUGUAUGGGCAGUGGCAGCAUAGUCACCAGAAUGGCAGUACUUCCUCCUCUUUUUACACAAAAAGAAAAAAUGAAUCGCCAGAAAGAGUGAAAAACAGGAAGUUAUUUAAAAGUGAAAGUGAGGGAACGAGUGAUAAGCAAGAGGGACCAAACACACAAAGAGACAGCAUGUUGAAUAGCACAUCAGAAAAACUAAUGAAAGGUGCAGAUAGAAAAGAUUCAGAAGAGAAGCUAAGUAAAGUUGUGAGUAAAGUAGAUGAACAAGAUGAAGAAAUAAAUACAGUAAGAAAACCAUCCACAAGCUAUAGAACUAAUCACAAGCCAGUGAGCUGUCCCACUGCAGGUAGAUCUAGUGGUCAUCACAGUUUAGUGCACAUGAUAGGAGGUGUCCUUUCCAUGGCCCAGAGUCGAGGCCUCCAGAGGAAGGGUAUUCCUCGUCACAAGCCGAAUGAAAAGCCCCCAAGUUUGAUCUGUGGUGAUGUAAAACAAAAAGAAUUUGAUUUGCCAUCAGUCAGUGUACAAGCUUGUUCUUGUGGAAGGAAAGAGCAACUGUAUGCCUUACCAUGCCAGCAUGUUUUAUGUCGCCCAUGUUUGCAAGUCCUUCCUGUUGAAAAUAAGUGUUCUGUAUGUAAGAAGAUAUUCAAGAAAUCUGAAGUAACAAAACAUCAUUCAAAGAGCAUAUAUUCCUGAGAUUCACUCAUGCUAGGUGAAUAUAUAUUUAAAUUUUUUGUUAGUUCACAGUAAGAUAUAGUUCCUGCAAUUACUUUGAUAUGCAUUGUGUUAUGAAUUUAUUCACAAAGUCUAGCAGGACAAGUUAUGUCAAAUUAUGGUAAAAUCAUUUACAGAUAUUAGUAUAUAUUAGAAUAAAUAUCUGCUCAGGCUUUGGAUCAUUAGUUGUUGUACCUUUGUAUUUUGUGUAUAUAGGUGGAUAUGGUAUUGUCUGCAUGACAAUGAAAAAGUCAUAGAG